GGAGAAACAGCCUUGAUCAUCGAAGGGAAGGAGAAUGGCGAGCAACCCACCUAGUUCGUCGGCGUCGAUUGCUGACUUGCCAGAGAACUGCGUCUCCCACGUCCUCUCCCUGAUGGCGCCGAGGGAGGUCUGCCGAUCGUCCGCCAUCUCGACGAGCUUCCAGUCAGCGGCCAACUCCGACUACGUCUGGGAGAAGGUGCUACCGCCCGAUCUCCCGGAGUUGCUCUCCCGUGCCGUUUCGCCGGACAAAGGCAAAGAGGUGGCGGCUUCACAAGGCAACGAGUUGGUGGUAUGGGAGGGCGCAACUGAACAUGGGGAAUCAUCACCAAGGGAGCAACAUGGUUCCAGUACACAAACAUAUCUACCAUUGGAUUACGACUACGCUCCACGACUACAACCAUGUGCAUGUGCAGCUGGUGACAAAAGAAAAAGUUGUGAUGAUUCGGAAGGUGAUGACCAUUCUGGCGGGAGUGCGCAUCAGGAAAGAAAAGGUUGUGGUGGAUGGCUGAGUGAUGAAGAUUGA